AUGGCCGCGGCCGUGCUGCUGGGGCUCGGCUGGCUCUGCGCGCCGCUGGCAGCGCUGGUGCUGGACUUCAACGACAUCCGCAGCUCGGCCGACGGGCAGGGGGCGCGCCAGGGGCCACAGUGCCUGUCCGACAGAGACUGCAGUCCCAGGAGGUUCUGCCUGCAGCCCCACGACGAGAAGCCGUUCUGCGCCACGUGCCGAGGGCUCCGGCGGCGGUGCCAGCGUGCCAGCAUGUGCUGCCCGGGGGCUCUGUGCCUGAACGAUGUCUGUACGUCAGCGGACGAAGUGACCACACGACUGGAAAGACAAAGCGAGGACCAGGACGGCACAGAAACAAGAGGGUCAACUGAGCACUCGAUCGAUGAAAACCAACCCCAAAGGAAGCCAAACCCUAAGAGACCACAAGGCGGCAAGGGACAAGAGGGGGAGAGCUGUCUGAGGACUCUGGACUGUGGCCCCGGGCUUUGCUGUGCGCGUCAUUUUUGGACGAAGAUCUGUAAGCCGGUCCUGCUGGAGGGGCAGGUGUGUUCCAGGAGGGGGCACAAAGAGCCCGCUCAGGGUCCGGAGAUCUUCCAGCGUUGUGACUGCGGCCCCGGGCUGUCGUGUCGAAGUCAGGCGACCGGCAAUCGACAACACGCACGGUUGAGAGUCUGCCAGAAGCACAGAUAAAAAUCUGCAGACUGCCGAGUGAAGAAGGAUGCUCGCGGUGCUCAGCGGAACCCCAGCCGUUCACCGCAAGACCUGCGCACGCUGUCUCCUGCAGCCGAAUCUCGUGGCAACAGAGACCCUACUGCCCUUCGAGGAACGCCGGCGGCUUCUGCCUUUUGGCUGUCUCUCCAGAAGACUAACGUGCUUCUGCAGCAACGGUUUUGAUUCUGAUCUAGCGACUCGGUUGGUUCAAAUCAAUUUUUUGAAAAAUUGGAAUUGUAUAUAUUUAAGGUACACACUGUG